GGGAAAUUUGAUUGACAGCUUACGUGUUCAGCAUUGGAUGAUUGGUAAUGUUACGGCUGGUUGAUUCCCUUUUGCUAGAAUUUACACAAGUCUUUCCCAGCAGAAUCCUAAAAAAUGAACCACAUUUUUGCAAUAUGCUUCAGAUGAACGACAAUCUAAGAUAAGGUGCCUUGUAACCUUUUAGUUUUGUCAUGGCAACUCCACGUUAUUGAAUAAGGUUUAUUGCCUUAGUAGCAUAGAUAAGUGCACCAGUACUAACCUAGGUCAUAUCUAACAGGUGUAACUUCUGUCAGGUUUCAUACCCUACUGACAGUAUGGGAAAUCUCGGACAUUUGAUCCCAUUUAUUUCCUCCUGUACAGUAGCCACAUUUGGUUCGCGAGGAAGCUGUCGAUUCGCAAAGAAUGUGGUGGAUUAUCGUACUGAAAAAUGAACAAAUGAGGUGUCUAUGAGUGAAAGCAACGUUCUCCAGGAACCUAAACACAAGUUUAGUAACGAUGGAUAUUAUCAAAGAAAAUUUAAAUAACAUCACAGAUAUUAGUUUCAAGAAACCUGAAGGGAAACUCAAAACUCUAAACUUAAUUCCUAACAGUGUACAUCUUGUAGUAAUAAGCAAAUUAUCCAUCCCAAAAAUUAUUCGUGUAAACUUACCACAUCGUUCACAAAAUCUAUCUAUCUGUUUGAUAGUUAAAGAUUUUCGCAAAGAUGAUUAUGAACGCACUACAGAAUCUUGGAAACGGCGUUGGAACAUGGAUUUGAAAAAGUCCGAACUUUCUCACUUAGACGCACCUGAAGCGACAUUUUUACCUCUGCGGGAACUAAAAGUAGCUUACCAAACUUUUGCUGCCAAACGUCGACUGGCUGCCACUUUUGACAUAUUUCUUGCCGACAAACGAAUUGUUCAUCGUUUACAAAAUAAACUGGGUAGAGCGUUCUACCAGGAGGUUUCAGGGAAAUUUCCUAUCCCAACGUCAUUUUCGAACAAUAAUCUUGUAGAUACUGUCCGACGGCAACUACAUACAUCUUUGUUCGUAAUUCGAGGCAAUGGGACAACCGAUAGUCUCAUAAUUGGGGAUGAUCUUUUCUCUUCAUUCGAGCUAAAGGAGAAUGUAAUAUCAGUUUGUGAAAAAAUCUGUUCAGAAUGGCCAGGUGGUGGUAUGGCAAAUAUCCGUUCUAUUUACAUUCAAAGCUCAGGUAUCUCCAUUCCUUUGUACUACGAUGAAACAGAAGCACCUUUAACUACAAUAAGUGAAAAAUUAUCGAGUCUUCCUAAAGCUGUUCACCGAAGAUCUCAUACACUUAUUAAGAAACUAAAAAACACAGAAGAUGGUGUGCCAAUCGUUAGUCAACCUAAAAAGUCUCAAAAAUCACUUAAAAGAUUACCGAAAGAACUCGUUUCACAAAUUGCAGAUGAUCUUCCUUUGACAUCAGAUGAAGUCGACAAAAUUUUACGCAAACGAAACUUCAACGAUAGUAGCAUCACCCAAAUGAAGUUAAAACGAAAUAAAAGGAUUUCCCGUCAUAAAUUUGUAAAAAUAUAGUUCAUUCUUGUCAACGUUGCUUUUUCUGUCAGUACAGUUUCUACAGUAAAUUAGUACGUCUGAAGAACAGACAUUUACGUUUUUGUAAGGUAAUCUCGUCGCACAUUUGUAAAAAUCAGUUGUUUGAUAACACAAGGGUCCCGGAACUUGCACGUGUUCACAUUUUGCAUAAGAUACGUAACAAAAACUCAGAUAUUUGCAUUUGUUUUUAUGAACUGGUUGACUGAUAAAUCUCCGCUUAGCUAUUAAUCGGUAAUUCAUGUUAUUUGUUGCACUUAUUAUAAUCACCAAAUGUUAGUUCCUGGUUUGUAUUUAUCUUCAUAAGUAUUGGUAUCAGCCGACUUUAGAUGACAAUUAUUCAAUCGUACUUGUAUAUUUUACAUACCUUUGAUGAGGUGACCGGUAGUAAACAUGUAGUAGCUUCGCUCUGUACACCUCUAGACAUCUUUAGAUUCUUAACAAUUGCACAUUUCCUGUCUUUGUAUGGAUCAGGAUUGAAUGAGAAUUUCCCACAUUUCUUCUAGCAAUCGCAUCUUCGCGCAUUUCCUGAGAUUGGUCUGUUACUGAUGUCUGCUUGAAAUAAACUCAUCCACAAUCUUGGAUAUUUGAC